AUGUCUCGAGAGACUGGAAGUGAAGCACAGCAAUCUCAGGGUGCCCAGCAGUCACAGGGUGCCACCAGUUCCUCUUCCAGUGGGUCACAGAGUACCAGUCAGUCUUCCUCAAGUUCUGGGACCCUCAGCUCUUUGGACACUGUCCCCACUCAGGAGCUUCCGCCCAUCCCUGAGGACCAGGAGUCUGAAGAGCUCGUUCCUCAGCCUUGGGGUCGACUCUUUGCACUUGGAAAAGGCUUCAGCAAUUGUGACUGCGUGAAUGAUGAAUACUGGUUUGGGCGAGACAAAAGUUGUGAUUAUAGCUUUUCUAAGCUGGGAUUGUCUGAGACUGGCUUCUACCAAAACUACAGCAAGAAGCAUUUCCGGAUUUUCAGGGAAAUUGGUCCAAAAAAUUCCUAUGUUGCCUACAUUGAAGAUCAUAGUGCCAAUGGAACUUUUGUUAAUAGAGAACUCCUUGGAAAGGGGAAGAGGCUUCCGCUGACUCACAACUCUGAAAUCGCACUGUCUGUACAGACCAAUAAGGUGUUCGUGUUUUCUGAUCCUAUGGUGGACGAUCAGUUGGCGUUUCCUAGAGAACUCAGAGAGAAAUACAUCAUGUCAAAGACUUUGGGAAGUGGUGCCUGUGGAGAGGUGAAGCUGGCCUUCGAGAAGAGCACCUGUAACAAAGUUGCAGUGAAGAUAAUCAAUAAACGGAAGUUUAUGGCCAGUGGCAUUGAAGAGGUGAACUCAGCUUUCAAUAUCGAUACAGAAAUUGAAAUUCUGAAGAAAAUAGAUCAUCCUUGUUUAAUCAAAAUAAAAAACUUCUUCGAAGCAGAGGAUUACUACAUUGUUUUGGAACUAAUGGAAGGAGGAGAACUGUAUGACCGAGUGUCAAGGCCAGUCAAGAUGAAAGAAGCUGUCUGCAAGUUGUACUUUUAUCAGAUGCUGCUAGCAGUAAAGUAUCUUCACGACAAUGGAAUUAUACACCGAGAUCUGAAGCCAGAGAACGUGCUGCUGUCAUCUCCUGAAGAGACAUGUCUUAUAAAGAUUACAGAUUUUGGACAAUCCAAGAUUCUUGGAGAAACUUCUCUUAUGAAAACAUUAUGUGGUACUCCCACGUAUCUUGCUCCUGAGGUUCUAAAUUCACUUGGGACUGCUGGAUACAGCCGAGCUGUGGACUGCUGGAGUUUGGGAGUUAUUCUUUUUGUAUGCUUGUGUGGAUACCCACCAUUCAAUGAGCAAAAUACUCAGCUGUCUCUGAGAGACCAGAUCACCCAUGGAGAAUACACCUUCAUUGCCAAAGAGUGGAAGCAUGUCUCAGACACAGCUCUUGACCUUGUGAAGAAGCUCUUAGUAGUGGAUCCAAGCAAGCGUCUGACAACAGAGGGAGCUUUAGAGCAUCCUUGGCUUCAGGAUGAAGAUAUGAAGAAGACAUUUCAACAGCUCCUUGCUCAGACAUGUGCCAGUAUGAACCCCCCCCAGACAUGGAAAAUGCCGACCACUAGAAAGCGUCCCCAUGAAAAUGAGGAAGAAGCUGGCUCUGCUAAGCAUGCUGUUCCCUCUACAUCAUUGCAGAAAAGGAGAUGAAAAGACAGCAAAAGCCAUUUCU